AGUAUGCUGCGCGCAUGCGAACCGCCCGCACCCUUCUGCGCUCCUGGUACUAACAACGCUAAACUCGCGAAUUAAAUAAAUAACAAAUCACUAAAUAAAAAAUAUUAACUGUGUUCAAAAUAGCAUGCUUUAAAACAAAAUGGUCGCUAUCCUGGCCAACCCCAAGUGGAGCGAGGAUCUCACCAUCCAGAUGAUUAUCGAAUACGAGAAGCGCGAAUACCUUUGGAACCCUGUCUCGGAACACUACAAGAAUAAGAAAAUAAGGGAGCAAGGAUACAUAGAGAUAAUAAAUGCACUGAAUUUGGUCGAUGUCACAGUUAAAGAAUUGAAAAAUAAAAUAAAAAACAUACGAUCGUCGUACAGCGUCGAGUUGAAGAAGAUUCGCGCGGCGAGGAAGGCUGGCGCGCAUGCGUACAGGCCGAGCGUCACGUGGUUCGAACAUGCAGACAGGUUUCUGCGGGCGAUCGUCACACCGAGCUCUGUGGACAACAGUUUGGUGGAGAUCCCGGCGAGCGACGACAGCGACGUGGUGCAGGACCUCAGCGAGCGGAAAUCUCCGGAAAAGAAAAGUCCGCGAAAGCGUCGCAGUUCGACGCGCUCGUCGACACCGUACGUGUUGAACACGCCGUCCCCUCGGCCCGGCACUCCGUUCGGCUUAAGUCAGGGGACGUUUGGCAUCCUCCCGCCGGUUACGUCCGCGCCUUUUCUCAAUCCCCCCGUCGGGAUCGCCACGCCGCUGACUACCUCGCUCGCAACUAUCUACCCGGUGCCUACAAAACAAAAGAAAAGUAAUUCAGACAGCGGCGAUCACACGGACUUGCCGCAAGAUCUGAGUCAACAUUCCGAGAAUGGUAAUGAGAACGAGUUUGAGAUGUUUGGGAAGUUAAUUGCGAGCCAGUUGCGGAAACUGCCUCUCAGCUUGGCACUGGACACGCAGUUAAAAAUACAGACGUUAGUAAAUGCGGCAAGGAUACAAGCUGUUUAUCAGCAGUACAGUUAUGCGGGCCCGUCGCAGGAGGCCUUGUCGGUACAGGCUUUGUCAAACGGGAUUCUGGCGGGCAUGGCGACUCAAAGCUCUUUCACAUCACGAACUCUGAGCUUGGAAAAUGAUUCUCCUGAUGAAAUGAACAGGGACUUAAAGACUAUUGAAUAUUCUUUAGGUUCCGAAGCCGAAGAUUAAGAUUCCAGGAGCCGUUUGAAACCUGUUUUUGCUCAGACAACCUAUAAGUACCUCAUAAUUCUCUGUUGAGAUAAAUUUGAGAAUUUUGCUCAUUAUAUACCUUUGUAAAGCGUACGACGCACAAUGGAGUCACCUUGAUCCUGAUCUGGUGAUUCAGGUUAAA